AUGGGAUGUUGCGCUAGCGCGCAGCAUACUGCGCAGCAUGGCAUUCUGGAAUCAGAAGUAUUUUUCCAGAAGUAUGCGCUGGGCAAGAAAAUAGGGGAAGGAGCCUUUGGGCAAGUACGCCUGACAACAGACCUUCAGACAAAACAGAGUUUUGCGGUGAAAAUCGCAGAUGUGCGUGCACGGCAAGAUGGGGGAAAGGUCGUUGUCAACCCAAAGCGAAAAGCCGCUAUUGAGCGAGAGAUUGAGAUGUGGCAGCUUGCCAGCUCCAGUGGGCUUCCUGAAAUCACUCAACUCAUCGAGUGUUUCUACUCGCUUGGGUUCUAUUACUUGGUGUGCGAAGCUUGCGAGAAGAAUCUGAUGCAGCAUUUGCUUCAUGUCAAGACCAUCAGUGAGGAUGAGCUUGGCGAAGUAGCAGCGCAGAUGCUCAGGAGCAUUGCACACGUACAUUUUCUUGGAAUGGUGCACCGGGAUGUAAAACCGGAAAACUUUCUCUACGGCGGGCCGAAUGGCUCGACCUUGAAGCUUUGUGACUUUGGGCUGGCAUUGCGACAGCCUAAAAAGGGCAAGAAAUUAACAGGGAUAGGAGGAACGGCUCCUUACAUGGCGCCGGAGAUUUUGAUAUCCAGCUCAGGCUGGCCCUCGAAUGAGGGGUACGACAAGGAAAUCGACAUGUGGGCUAUGGGCGUAAUUUUGUACUUGGUGCUGUACGGGCAAUUCCCUUACAUGCCAAAGGGCGAAGCCACUGCGGAUUCGAUGAAGACAGCAAUCCGGAGCAAUUCGCCACCUUUGGCCUUUCCGCCAAUACAAGCCCUUGCAGCUUUAGGCUUGGUGAAAAAAUUGUUGGUCAGACUUCCGGCAGACCGAGCCACUGCAGAAGAAGCGCGACUGGACCCAUUCAUAUCAAAAGCUUCUGGCGCAUUUGGCCCCACAGAAGUGACCGUCGCGCUGUCACAGGCGAAGGAGAUGGCUGAAAGACUCAAGGAGUUCCAAGUAAGUGCCUCCUCACAGAGGGACCUUGAGGCCAAGUUGAAAGCCAUGACAGCCGCGCGCGGUGGAAUCUGGUUUUCAGAAUCUGAAGCAGUUUCCCCGACGCAGUCCCAAUGUUCAGCUACAUAUCGAGCUGAGGCUAGGAUCAAGAAGGACAAGAAACCAGUCUCACGCGACAAAUUCGGAACUCAUUCAGGAGUCGUCAGCGAAGAGACCAAGGACGUGUACCCGGAGGCCCCUUUGCAGUGA